GGAGAAGAAAAGUGUGGUGGAAAAUGGAGCGAUGAGGCGGAGCGGGGCGCACUCGAGUUGGAGUGUAGUGGUGGCUGGAUUCCAUCUUCCUCUGUCUGUCUGUCUGUCUGUCUGUCUUUGACCUCGAUCACGAUCAGUUGCGUUGCGCUCACUCCUCUCUCUCCCCAGACUGCUUUCUCCGUGGAGGACUCGCGAGGAGUGCACUCAUCUCAUCUGGACCGCCAGGGAUCGACGGCGGUGGGACGGAAUGAUGGCGGGUUUCUUGGUGGAGACCCCCAAUUUUUUUCCUUUUCCUUGUCGCGUUUGCCACCUUUCCACCGUGAUGUGAUCAUUGGCCUCCGGGCCAGGGCGAGUGCGUGCGCGUCCGCGUCGCGGCGCCCGCGGUCUUUGCCAUCCCGGCGACUUCUCCCCUACCCUUGCGGUGGUGGGAGCUUCGGAAGCGUCGCUUUUUCCCCUUUCUUGGUGGUGAGAGAGAGAGGGAGAUAUCGGAUAUUACCUGGACCAGUGGCAGGCUUCCAAGUCCGGCAUCCAACUGACAUAUCUUCUUCCUCCUCAACCCUCAUCUUUAUAAGGUCAAACAAAAAUUCCCCUUUGUCUAAGUGAAUUUUAGGGCGUGUCGCCAUCUCCAUCCUCUCUCUGAUCACCCGGCCAAUCGCCAUGCUCAGGUCAGGCUGAUCUCCUAUUCCUAAUUUGAGAUCGGUCAAGGUGUCUGUCCCCUUGGGGUUCAGCGGCACGACGUGCAUUUCUUGUUUCCAUUGGAUGGAAACAGCUUCUCACUGGUUGAGGGGACAGUUGUGCCGGCGUGAUUGGAUAAUCGGAACUUACUCGCUGGAUCGCUGUGGGCUCUCUGCUCGACAAGGACCGCCAUGCGCCCACCAAGUGUUCGACUGAAUGCCUACGAGACUUUUGGCGGUGGCUAUGCACACUGUGGGUGUGCUACACUUCUGUUUCCCUGCCCAUUUUGUGCCUGUGCCAACUAGCUCAUCUUUUAGUGGGGGAGUAGCCUUUAUGUCACCAGUAGAAUGUUCGCACGAAUUUAAUUCUGAUCCUCAAGGGGAAAAGAAUAUACUAAAUCCCAAGGGCUUGGUUAACGGAUGCCUCACCAACUUAACUUUUAGAUUAACUGGAAAUUUGUUUAACUGAGCUCAAGUGCUGGAGGACUUUAUAAGUUGGAUCCCUUUACACUAGCAUCUUCAUAGUAACGCGUAAAGGUAACUGGCUCCACUUGGUCUUCCUUAAUUGUCUGAUCCUAGAAAGCCCUAAAGGUAGCCUAAUUUGUUGGUGACACCAGAAAAGAUCAUUUCUAGAUUCUCCUACGAUGCUCCUUGCAAGGUAGUGCGUGCUUGUUAACUUGUUAUCUGGGAAUUCAACAACCUAUUCAGUUUCCUAGUUGUCUAGUGUUAGUUCUAAGGGCACUGUAUUUUUCUAUGGAUUGAAACCUACAUGCUACAGUAGCCUCAUGCAUGCUUUGAUCAUUGUUCUCCCUUUUCUGCUUCUUAACUUCUUGUGGUUGCGCGUGAUCAUUCUCAUUCAGUACAGGUCGUCUCACUUCUCACUGACUAAAUAUAUUUUCUUUAAUUUGUUUGAAGAUCUGUUGACAUUUUAGUCCAUAUUGGCUUCUAAAUACUUUUUGAAGGAAAUUUGCUCAACUUCUUUUAUUUUUAUGCAGAAUGAUUUGCUUUCAGCAUAUAGAACUCAUAAUAUUCUCAUUCGAUUUUCCUCUAUGAUUGCCUGCAUAGGUUUUAAUAAGUCCGGCAUAAGACUUCUGGAGUUAAAAUCUACUGUAGCAUUAUAGGACCAAAUGUUGCCAACGCCAAGAACAUGCUCAACUUAACAGAAAAAAUGAAGCUCCGUGCAUAUCCAUUCUUUGUAAUAUACAAAAUGCAUCUUGCAACAUCGUCAUUUAGGCUAGUUGAUAAGCCUGAAUUCAAAAGCUGGACGGCUUUGGUAGCUGUCUACCUAUGCUGGCACAUCGACAGGUCCAAAGGCUGAGUUCAGUUGAACAGAUUAGGACUUAUGGAGUAUGGACAUCUCAGCCUCUCACCCUCUCCUAGGAAAACAUAGUUGUUCGGGUGCUUCCAGAUAUUCCAGGUGAUCGCUGUAGUUGCUGUGUGGCAGUCUGAGAAAGGCUCCUAAGUUUCCUUGCCUGAUGAAGGUUCAGAAGUUCAUGAAGGUAAACCCUAGCAUGCAACAGGCCUCGCGACAAGGAAAUGUGUUUUGGUCAUUAUCAAUUCAUUCUCUCUUGUCCUGAUUUGUUCCCUCGCCGAGGAAGAUAUCGAUAGCAACAAAUUUGCAAAGUUUAAACUGAUAGUACACUGUGCAGCCAAUUAUUGAGGGGAGUCUUAAAAUGAGCAUUACCCAUUAUUCUGAAAGAGAACCAACACCAGCGCUAGUCCUCUCAGUUGUGUUGAUAACAAUUUGACUUGCCCAGAUGUCAGGGAACCACUGGCAUGAACGUAAAUCCAAUCCAUGUGUAAACCAUUCCUUGGGUUGCUGUAACUAGUGCGCCUAAAAGAUGGAAGAUUGAUGGUCGGUGAAGCAUGCUGGUAAUAUUUUUUCUAAAGUGAAGAGAUAUGAUGAAUUCUCACUUCAAGGGGUGUGUUUGGUAUGCUGUUAUUUUUGCAUCACUGAAGACUAGAGUACACUUAUGUCUACAGGGUUGCGGUUCGAGAUAUCCAUCAUGCUUCCAAACAGAAGGUUGCAGGAGCUAGAAAGAUUUCCCGGCUUUAGCUCAGGGGAGCAACAGCUAUUUAGAGCCUGGUCGGAGUCACUCCAGCUCCUAAAAAUACGAGGAGUUGCGGAGCAUCCGUUCCCAGCUCCGUGCUUUUUAACUCCAGCUUCGGGAGCGGAGUGGUGGAGUGGCGGGUCUCCGAACAGGGUCUUAUUAUUGAUUUUCUUCAAACACUUUGCAAGUUCUCACAGACUCAAGGUUCACAUUGUGUACUUGGGCCACAACAACGGUCUGACUCCUUCGCUGACCACACAGUUUCAUCUCCAACUUCUGUCAAGAGUCUUUGCAGAGCCGGAGGAAGCAAGACAAGCUAUUCUGUAUAGCUACAGCUAUGGUUUCUCUGGUUUUUCGGCAGUGCUCAAUUCAACGCAAGCCACCACAUUGUCGGAAACAGAAGAGGUCAUAUCAGUAUUCAGGAGCAGGAUGCUGCAGCUCCAUACAACAAGGAGCUGGGAUUUCAUGGGCCUCAGCCUGCAUUCUCAGAUGGAGCAGCCAUCCUCCCAAAUGCAUUUGAAGUACGGAGACGACGUAAUUGUCGGUAUCCUCGACACGGCAGGUGUGUGGCCUGAAUCCGAGAGCUUCAGAGAUGACCCCCACCUAGGCCCCGUGCCGUCGUCAUGGCGCGGCACGUGCGUGGGAGGCCAGCAGUUCGACCCGGCCACCGCGUGCAACCGCAAGCUCAUCGGCGCGCGCUACUACCUCGCCGGCUUCGAAGCUGAGACCGGCCUGCUGAACACCAGCGGCGGCGCGGAAUACCGAUCGGCUCGGGACCGUGUGGGCCACGGCACGCACACGGCGUCCACGGCCGUGGGCGCCGUGUCCCCCAACGCGAGCUACUUCGGCGGGCUGGGCCGCGGCGCGGCGCGCGGGGGUGCGCCCAGGGCGCGGCUGGCGGUGUACAAGGUGUGCUGGUUCAAGGACCUGACGGGCCGGUGCAACGACGCCGACAUCCUGGCGGCGUUCGACGACGCGCUGCACGAUGGCGUGCACGUCAUCUCGGCAUCCCUCGGGUCCCCGCCGCCGCUGUCGCCGCUGUUCGCGACGAGCACCGAGGUCGGGUCGUUCCACGCCAUGCAGCUCGGGGUGUCGACGGUGUUCUCCGCGGGCAACGACGGGCCCGACGCGGCCAUGGUGCAGAACGUGUCGCCGUGGGGUGUCACCGUCGCCGCCAGCACCAUCGACCGGAGGUUCCCGACGGUGAUCGCGCUCGGGAACAAUGCCUCCUUCGUGGGAGAGGGCUUCAUUGUGAAGGACAUGAAAACGCCUUUAGUAGAGAGCACUAGCGUCUUUGCCGAUGGGACCUGCUCCUUGGACCAGCUGGUGAACCGCACGGCGGCGUCCGGGAAGAUCGUCCUGUGCUUCUCCACGAUGGGAAUGGUGUCCGGUGAGGGCGCGGCACUGGCGGUGUAUGCCGGCGGUGGCUCCGGCGUGAUCUUCGCCGACUCCAGCUCCCGGCGGUCCAACCAGGACAACUUCCUGCCCACCGUCCACGUCAACCUGCGCCAGGGCACCCACAUCCUCAACUACAUCCAGAGCCGUUCAAGGCAACGGCCGACCGUGCACGUCUCGGCGAGCAGGACCGUCGUCGGCAGCACGCCGGCGCCGGCCAUCGCCUACUUCUCCUCCAGAGGGCCGAGCUCCAUUUCUCCAAACAUUCUCAAGCCUGACGUCACCGCGCCCGGGGUGAACAUCCUGGCGGCGUGGCCGCCCAAGUCGUCGCCGACGAUGCUUCCUCUGGACAAGCGCUCGACGGAGUGGAACUUCGACACGGGCACGUCCAUGUCGUGCCCCCAUGUCACCGGCAUCGUCGCCAUCCUCAGGUCCGUGCACCCGACCUGGUCGCCGGCCGCAGUCAAGUCCGCCCUCAUGACCACGGCGUACGUGCACGACGACACGUCCGACGCCAUGCUGGCCGGUGGCACGCAGAAGGCCGCGGACGCCUUCGACACCGGGGCGGGGCACGUGGACCCGCUGCCGGCGCUGGACCCGGGGCUGGUGUACGACGCGGACGCGCGCGACCACGUGCGCUUCCUCUGCGGCCUCGGCUACACGGAGGCCCAGGUGCGGCAGAUGGUGCUCCCCUCCCCGGCGCUCGACACCAGCUGCGCCGGCGGCGCCAUUGGCGAUGCCGACCUCAACUACCCGGCCAUCGUGCUCCCGGAGCUGCGGGUUGUGGUGACCGUGAAGCGUACGGUGACGAACGUGGGCCUCCAGAGGGAAACCGUGUACCACGCUACCGUCAUUAGCCCACAGGGCACGCACGUCGAGGUGUGGCCGCCGGCGCUGGCGUUCUCCCCGCGCUGCGCCAGGGCCGAGUACUACGUCACCGUCACACCCGCUAAGCUCUCGCGCGGCCGGUACGACUUCGGCGAGAUCGUGUGGUCCGACGGCUACCACCGUGUCCGCACGCCGCUGGUCGUCAGGGUCACCAACCUGCCGGACGCUGGCGUCGGCGCUCAGCCCACGAAUCAGCACCGUGAUACCACUGAGUACUGACCCACAAGCUACCUAGUUACGGUUAUCUAGAACUUGGCGGUGCACGGCUUCCGGGCUUCAGGCCAGGACUUCUCGUGUGGAUUUGUGUAACGUUUUCGAUUUCACUCGUUGGGACAACACAGUAGGUGUCACUGGUCAUGUUAAAGGAGCAUACGUACAUUGUGGGUGCGGCAAAUUUAAGAGUGAUACUAGUGGCAUAUGCAGCCUCAGAGUUUGAUGGUUCAUAUUUCACCUUCA